AUGGUGCUAUGUUUGAAUGGUCCAACUGAGGCGAGCCUGGAGAGUGACGACAUUGUCAAGUGUGAACAAGGCACCAAAUAUAAAAGGAUACCCGAGGGCUACAUUAUAUCAGAGCUGAUAAUUUGUGCAGUCCGGAGACCCACUCGAUUCAUUAACACCGCUGAUGUGGAACCGACUCAUGAAGAAUACUGGGAAAUUAUCCAAUCUUCGAAAAUUCUUAUUGGUGCCUUCUUCCUGGCAUAA